GCGUUUGCUCCGACAGGCCGAAUGUUUUGGGGGAGUGUUUUGAGCGCGGAGACCGCGUGAUACUGGGUGCGCAUGGGCACACCGUGCUCUGCCGCCGCUCGGCCUUGCUUCUUCCUCCAGAAGUGGGCGCUGGGCAGUCACGCAGGGUUUGAACCGGAAGCGGGAGUAGGUACCUGCGUGACUAACGGAGAAAAGAAGCCGUGGCCGCGGGAGGAGGCGAGAGGAGCAGGGAUCUGCGCUGCAGCCACCGCCGCGGUUGAUACUACUUUGACCUUCCGAGUGCAGCGCCUCGCGGUUAAGAGCUUGGGCUCGGGAAUCAUACGGCUGGAAUUGGAAUUCUGUCACUCGUGUGGCCUCUCUCUACUGUCUUGUGAAGAUAAGUGAGAUAAUCUUGACCUGUGGUGAGCACUCGUGAGCGUUAGCUGCUGUUUUUACCAGGUACAGAUAAGACAACUACAGUGGAUGAUAAUGUGUGUGAUAGGGGAGUACUCUGAUGGUAGAGGAGUGACUUUGGUUCUCUGCAAACUCAGCCUGAGACUAUCAAUUCAGUUUGUGGUGAGACCUCGCAGUGUUACCUUGGCAGAUGGUAGAAGCCUUCCAGAUGGAAGGAAAAAUGCGUGUAAAGGCAGAAAGUGUAGAAGGACCCUGAAGCUCCAGAGUGAGGUUUGGCAUUGAAUGAAAUACAUUUUGUGGGUUUUUAGCUGCUGAAGUCAUAGGAAUGGAUGAGACCAAGAAAACAAAGCUGUUCUUUGAGGUAUGAGCGGAAGAAGAGCUAUCAGGAGACUUUCCAAACAGUUAUAACGGAAGGGAAUAUGAUCAUUGCUAACAUUUGCUGUGUUUCAGGCACUGUAAGCAUGUAUAUGGGUCCUUAUAGGAACUCAUAGAGGUAGGUAUUAGUAUUUUUCCUUUUAUCAUUGAGAAGCUGAGGUUUGAAGAGAUUAGUGAACUUGCUUUAGAUUAUACAGUUUGUAAGUGGCUGAACCAGGAUUUGAACUAAUACAAUCUGACUACAGAGGCCACACUCCUUAGCACUAGAAAAGAAUGGCAUGCCAGGGGCAGAGUUAUUUCUAAGAAGAUGGGAUAUAAGCGUCAUUGUCAAGUUCUGCAAAGGGGUCAACUUGGUUGAGAUCUAAAAAGGAACAUUGAAUUCAUCAAUUCAGAGGCUCGUAGGAAGUAGGAAAUCUUUAUCUUUUCAUUUGAUCCUUGAGUGGAACCUAGAUAUUCUGGAUUAAUGUAUAAAUGAAGUUCAUCUUUAUAUGGUGACACUCAUAUUCUAGUUGACUACCUAAUAGUUCUCUGCCUUCUUUCAGUUCCGCCAACAUACUGUGUUCUUUAACACUGUAGAACUCUUUGGCUAUGCUAGUCUCCUUCUCUGAAGUGUUGGUCCUCUAGCCCUUUUUUUGAUUGGCAUCAGUUAGUUCAGAUCUUGGCUUUAUUAUAAACUCCUCUGAGAUACGUUCCCUGACAGUUUAUCUAAAAUAAUUCUCUUUACAGUUAUUUUCUAUUACUAUAUUUUUGUUUCCUCAGAGGCAUACAUCACAAUUUGGAAUUAUGCAUUGGUUUAUCAAUUUACUUGUUUAUUGUCACCCUGCUGCCCAGAUAUGACUCCAUGAGGGUAGGAUUUGUAUCUGUUUAGUUCAUUAUUUGUCUAGCUAUACGUAGUAAAUAUUGUUUGCAUCUAUCAGUGAAUGAACAUCUUCCGUUUAUGUAGAUAAUACUGAACUGUUUUGUUUUCUUCAAAGUAAUCAUUAAGAAACUGAAGGUAAGAAAAACAAGUUCAAAGAAGUCACACCAUGGGGAAAAAAAAGUCAAGUUUAGGGCUGCCUCUUCCGGGAAGUGUCAAAUCUUUAGUGUAUUUAGGAAUAAAAGUGCCAACCCUUAUGGUUCUUUGGAUAUUGCUAAGGUAUUUUCAUUGGUUAGAUUACCAGUUUCAUUUUCCUUAUUGACUCAAGAAGACUUUAAGCUGAGAUUGAAGAAGUAAGAAGAUUCCUAGAUAAAACCAUAAGGAAUGGAAAAACAAAAAUGAUAAUACUUGUCCACAGGAAGUAUAUAAUCAUAUGAAAAGGACUCAAAUAACAAUCUGUAAUCUAUAGCAGAGUAAAGCGGAGGUUGUAAUAAUGUUGGGGGAUGGGGGAGGUCAGAAGAACCACCAGUGAAUACAAAAGGAGAAUAGAAUCAGAGCCAUCUGCUAAUAAAAUGAGUAGUCAGCUCUUUUUGUUUUUUUUGUUUUGAGACAGAGUCUCGCUCUGUCACCCAGGCUGGAGUGCAAUUGCGUGAUCUCAGCUAACUGCAUUUUCCGCCUCCUGGGUUCAAGUGAGUCUCCUGCCUCAGUCUCCCCAGUAGCUAGGAUUACAGGCACGUGCUACCACACGUGGUUAAUUCUUGUAUUUUUAGUAGAGACGGGGUUUCACGAUGUUGGCCAGGCUGGCUGGUCUCGAACUCCUGACCUCAUGAAAUGCCCACCUCAGCCUCCCAGAAUGCUGGGAUACAGGCAUGAGCCACCACACCUGGCCCCGGUAGUCAGCUCUUACUAAGAAUAUUCAGACAGGGCAUUCAUUUUGUAGGAGACAUUCCUUCCUUUAUAGGAAGAUUGGACCUGGUCUCUUAGUUCCUCCCAAUUUUGAGAUUCUGUGAGAUUGAAUUGGGGCAGAGAAACAUACUUGAUCUUGAAAGAUUAAGUAGAAUUUAGAUGGAUGGAUAGGAGAAGGACUUUCCCUACCUUUUUACAUCUUGAGAUAUAGGUAUGUGUAGGUAUAAUAUACAUAAAUAUAUGUAUUUUUUCUCUGUUUACAGACAUAGCUUAAUAAAAAAACUUCUUUGUAUUAUAGAAAGGUUUAGAUCAGAACUAGUAAAACAGAAUGCUGUUUCUUUUUUUUUCUUUUCUAUUUUACUUUAGGUUCUGGGGGUAGAUGUGCGGGUUUGUUACAUGGGUAAAUUGCGUGUUGCUGAGGAUUGGUGUAUGAAUGAUCCUGUCACUCAGGUAGUGAGCGUAGUACCUGAUAGGUAGCCCUUCAAGCCAUACCUCCCUCUCUUUCCGUCCCUCAAACAGUCCCCAGUGUCUGUUUUUCCCAUCUUCGUGUCCGUGUUGAAAUGCUGUUCUGACUACAUUUUUUUGAAGGACAUCAAAAGAGAGUUUGAUUAUAUCAGAAGCCGCCAAAAGAAGAGAGCUACUACAGUGGAAUCAAGACAGUGAUGUGUGUUCUGAAAUUGUGAACCAUGAGUCUAGUACUUAAUGAUCUGCUUAUUUGCUGCCGUCAACUAGAACAUGAUAGAGCUACAGAACGAAAGAAAGAAGUUGAGAAAUUUAAGCGCCUGAUUCGAGAUCCUGAAACAAUUAAACAUCUAGAUCGGCAUUCAGAUUCCAAACAAGGAAAAUAUUUGAAUUGGGAUGCUGUUUUUAGAUUUUUACAGAAAUAUAUUCAGAAAGAAACAGAAUGUCUGAGAAUAGCAAAACCAAACGUAUCAGCCUCAACACAAGCCUCCAGGCAGAAAAAGAUGCAGGAAAUCAGUAGUUUGGUCAAAUACUUCAUCAAAUGUGCAAAUAGAAGAGCACCUAGGCUAAAAUGUCAAGAACUCUUAAAUUAUAUCAUGGAUACAGUGAAAGAUUCAUCUAAUGGUGCUAUUUACGGAGCUGAUUAUAGCAACAUACUACUCAAAGACAUUCUUUCUGUGAGAAAAUACUGGUGUGAAAUAUCUCAGCAACAGUGGUUAGAAUUGUUCUCUGUGUACUUCAGGCUCUAUCUGAAACCUUCACAAGAUGUUCAUAGAGUUUUAGUGGCUAGAAUAAUUCAUGCUGUUACCAAAGGAUGCUGUUCUCAGACUGACGGAUUAAAUUCCAAGUUUUUGGAAUUUUUUUCCAAGGCUAUUCAGUGUGCGAGACAAGAAAAGAGCUCGUCAGGUCUAAAUCAUAUCUUAGCAGCUCUUACUAUCUUCCUCAAGACUUUGGCUGUCAACUUUCGAAUUCGAGUGUGUGAAUUAGGAGAUGAAAUUCUUCCCACUUUGCUUUAUAUUUGGACUCAACAUAGACUUAAUGAUUCUUUAAAAGAAGUCAUUAUUGAAUUAUUUCAACUGCAAAUUUAUAUCCAUCAUCCAAAAGGAGCCAAAACCCAAGAAAAAGGUGCUUAUGAAUCAACAAAAUGGAAAAGUAUUUUAUACAACUUAUAUGAUCUGCUAGUGAAUGAGAUAAGUCAUAUAGGAAGUAGAGGAAAGUAUUCUUCAGGAUUUCGUAAUAUUGCCGUCAAAGAAAAUUUGAUUGAAUUGAUGGCAGAUAUUUGUCACCAGGUUUUCAAUGAAGAUACCAGAUCCUUGGAGAUUUCUCAAUCUUAUACUACUACACAAAGAGAAUCUAGUGAUUACAGUGUACCUUGCAAAAGGAAGAAAAUAGAACUAGGCUGGGAAGUAAUAAAAGAUCACCUUCAGAAGUCACAGAAUGAUUUUGAUCUUGUGCCUUGGCUACAGAUUGCAACCCAAUUAAUAUCAAAGUAUCCUGCAAGUUUACCUAACUGUGAGCUGUCUCCAUUACUGAUGAUACUAUCUCAGCUUCUACCCCAACAGCGACAUGGGGAACGUACACCAUAUGUGUUACGAUGCCUUACAGAAGUUGCAUUGUGUCAAGACAAGAGGUCAAACCUAGAAAGCUCACAAAAGUCAGAUUUAUUAAAACUCUGGAAUAAAAUUUGGUGUAUUACCUUUCGUGGUAUAAGUUCUGAGCAAAUACAAGCUGAAAACUUUGGCUUACUUGGAGCCAUAAUUCAGGGUAGUUUAGUUGAGGUUGACAGAGAAUUCUGGAAGUUAUUUACUGGGUCAGCCUGCAGACCUUCAUGUCCUGCAGUAUGCUGUUUGACUUUGGCACUGACUACCAGUAUAGUUCCAGGAACAGUAAAAAUGGGAAUAGAGCAAAAUAUGUGUGAAGUAAAUAGAAGCUUUUCUUUAAAGGAAUCAAUAAUGAAAUGGCUCUUAUUCUAUCAGCUAGAGGGUGACUUAGAAAAUAGUACAGAAGUGCCUCCAAUUCUUCACAGUAAUUUUCCUCAUCUUGUACUGGAGAAAAUUCUUGUGAGUCUCACUAUGAAAAACUGUAAAGCUGCAAUGAAUUUUUUCCAAAGUGUGCCAGAAUGUGAACACCACCAAAAAGAUAAAGAAGAACUUUCAUUCUCAGAGGUAGAAGAACUAUUUCUUCAGACAACUUUUGACAAGAUGGACUUUUUAACCAUUGUGAGAGAAUGUGGUAUAGAAAAGCACCAGUCCAGUACUGGCUUCUCUGUCCACCAGAAUCUCAAGGAAUCACUGGAUCGCUGUCUUCUGGAAUUAUCAGAACAGCUUCUAAAUAAUCACUCAUCUGAGAUCACAGAUUCAGAAACUCUUGUCCGGUGUUCACGUCUUUUGGUGGGUGUCCUUGGCUGCUACUGUUAUGUGGGUGUAAUAGCUGAAGAGGAAGCAUAUAAGUCAGAAUUAUUCCAGAAAGCCAAGUCUCUAAUGCAAUGUGCAGGAGAAAGUAUCACUGUGUUUAAAAAUAAGACAAAUGAGGAAUUCAGAAUUGGUUCCUUGAGAAAUAUGAUGCAUCUAUGUACACAUUGCUUGAGCAACUGUACCAAGAAGAGUCCAAAUAAGAUUGCAUCUGGCUUUUUCCUGCGAUUGUUAACAUCAAAGCUAAUGAAUGACAUUGCAGAUAUUUGUAAAAGUUUAGCAUCCUUAAUCAAAAAGCCAUCUGACCGUGGAGAAGUAAAACCAAUGGAAGAUGAUACUAAUGGAAAUCUAAUGGAGGUGGAGGAUCAGUCAUCCAUGAAUCUAUUUAACGAUUACCCUGAUAGUAGUGUUAGUGAUGCAAAUGAACCUGGAGAGAGCCAAAGUACCAUAGGUGCCAUUAAUCCUUUAGCUGAAGAAUAUCUGUCAAAGCAAGAUCUACUUUUCUUAGACAUGCUCAAGUUCUUGUGUUUGUGUGUAACUACUGCUCAGACCAAUACUGUGUCCUUUAGGGCAGCUGAUAUUCGGAGGAAAUUGUUAAUGUUAAUUGAUUCUAGCACGCUAGACCCUACCAAAUCCCUCCAUCUGCAUAUGUAUCUAAUGCUUUUAAAGGAGCUUCCUGGAGAAGAGUACCCCUUGCCAGUGGAAGAUGUUGUUGAACUUCUGAAACCACUAUCCAAUGUAUGUUCUUUGUAUCGUCGUGACCAAGAUGUUUGUAAAACUAUUUUAAACCAUGUCCUUCAUAUAGUGAAAAACCUAGGUCAAAGCAAUAUGGACUCUGAGAACACAAGGGAUGCUCAAGGACAGUUUCUUACAGUGAUUGGAGCAUUUUGGCAUCUAACAAAGGAGAGGAAAUAUACAUUCUCUGUAAGAAUGGCCCUAGUAAAUUGCCUUAAAACUUUGCUUGAGGCCGAUCCUUAUUCAAAAUGGGCCAUUCUUAAUGUAAUGGGAAAAGACUUUCCUGUAAACGAAGUAUUUACACAAUUUCUUGCUGAUAAUCAUCACCAAGUUCGCAUGUUGGCUGCAGAGUCAAUCAAUAGAUUGUUCCAGGACACGAAGGGAGAUUCUUCCAGGUUACUGAAAGCACUUCCUUUGAAGCUUCAGCAAACUGCUUUUGAAAAUGCAUACUUGAAAGCUCAGGAAGGAAUGAGAGAAAUGUCCCAUAGUGCUGAGAACCCUGAACCUGUGGAUGAAAUUUAUAAUAGAAAAUCUGUUUUACUGACGUUGAUAGCUGUAGUUUUAUCCUGCAGCCCUAUCUGCGAAAAACAGGCUUUGUUUGCCCUAUGUAAAUCUGUGAAAGAGAAUGGAUUAGAACCUCACCUUGUGAAAAAGGUUUUAGAGAAAGUUUCUGAAACCUUUGGAUAUAGACGUUUAGAAGACUUUAUGGCAUCUCAUUUAGAUUAUCUGGUUUUGGAAUGGCUAAAUCUUCAAGAUACCGAAUACAACUUAUCUUCUUUUCCUUUUAUUUUAUUAAACUACACAAAUAUUGAGGAUUUCUAUAGAUCUUGUUAUAAGGUUUUGAUUCCACAUCUGGUGAUUAGAAGUCAUUUUGAUGAGGUGAAGUCCAUUGCUAAUCAGAUUCAAGAGGACUGGAAAAGUCUUCUAACAGACUGCUUUCCAAAGAUUCUUGUAAAUAUUCUUCCUUAUUUUGCCUAUGAGGGUACAGGAGACAGUGGGAUGGCACAGCAAAGAGAGACUGCUACCAAGGUCUAUGAUAUGCUUAAAAGUGAAAACUUACUGGGGAAACAGAUUGAUCAUUUAUUCAUUAGUAAUUUACCAGAGAUUGUGGUGGAGUUAUUGAUGACAUUACAUGAGCCAGCAAAUUCUAGUGCCAGUCAGAGCACUGACCUCUGUGACUUUUCAGGGGAUUUGGAUCCUGCUCCUAAUCCACCUCAUUUUCCAUCACAUGUGAUUAAAGCAACAUUUGCCUAUAUCAGCAAUUGUUAUAAAAACAAGUUAAAAAGCAUUUUAGAAAUUCUUUCCAAAAGCCCUGAUUCCUAUCAGAAAAUUCUUCUUGCCAUAUGUGAGCAAGCAGCUGAAACAAAUAAUGUUUAUAAGAAGCACAGAAUUCUUAAAAUAUACCACCUGUUUGUUAGUUUAUUACUGAAAGAUAUAAAAAGUGGCUUAGGAGGAGCUUGGGCCUUUGUUCUUCGAGACGUUAUUUAUACUUUGAUUCACUAUAUCAACCAAAGGCCUUCUUGUAUCAUGGAUGUGUCAUUACGUAGCUUCUCCCUUUGUUGUGACUUAUUAAGUCAGGUUUGCCAGACAGCCGUGACUUACUGUAAGGAUGCUCUAGAAAACCAUCUUCAUGUUAUUGUUGGUACACUUAUACCCCUUGUGGAUGAGCAGGUGGAGGUUCAGCAACAGGUAUUGGACUUGUUGAAAUACUUAGUGAUAGAUAACAAGGAUAAUGAAAACCUCUAUCUCACGAUUAAGCUUUUAGAUCCUUUUCCUGACCAUGUUGUUUUUAUGGAUUUGCGUAUUACUCAGCAAAAAAUCAAAUACAGUAGAGGACCCUUUUCACUCUUGGAGGAAAUUAACCAUUUUCUCUCAGUAAGUGUUUAUGACGCACUUCCAUUGACAAGACUUGAAGGACUAAAGGAUCUUCGAAGACAACUGGAGCUACAUAAAGAUCAGAUGAUGGACAUUAUGAGAGCAUCUCAGGAUAAUCCACAAGAUGGGAUUAUGGUGAAGCUAGUUGUCAAUUUGUUGCAGUUAUCCAAGAUGGCAAUAAACCACACUGGUGAAAAAGAAGUUCUAGAGGCUGUUGGAAGCUGCUUGGGAGAAGUGGGUCCUAUAGAUUUCUCUACCAUAGCUAUACAACAUAGUAAAGAUGCAUCUUAUACCAAGGCCCUUAAGUUAUUUGAAGAUAAAGAACUUCAGUGGACCUUCAUAAUGCUGACCUACCUGAAUAACACACUGGUAGAAGAUUGUGUCAAAGUUCGAUCAGCAGCUGUUACCUGUUUGAAAAACAUUUUAGCCACAAAGACUGGACAUAGUUUCUGGGAGAUUUAUAAGAUGACAACAGAUCCAAUGCUGGCCUAUCUACAGCCUUUUAGAACAUCGAGAAAAAAGUUUUUAGAAGUACCCAGAUUUGACAAAGAAAACCCUUUUGAAGGCCUGGAUGAUAUAAAUCUGUGGAUUCCUCUAAGUGAAAAUCAUGACAUUUGGAUAAAGACACUGACUUGUGCUUUUUUGGACAGUGGGGGCACCAAAUGUGAAAUUCUUCAAUUAUUAAAGCCAAUGUGUGAAGUGAAAACUGACUUUUGUCAGACUGUACUUCCAUACUUGAUUCAUGAUAUUUUACUCCAAGAUACAAAUGAAUCAUGGAGAAAUCUGCUUUCUACACAUGUUCAGGGAUUUUUCACCAGCUGUCUUCGACACUUCUCGCAAAUGAGCCGAUCCACAACCCCUGCAAACUUGGAUUCAGAGUCAGAGCACUUUUUUCGAUGCUGUUUGGAUAAAAAAUCACAAAGAACAAUGCUUGCUGUUGUGGACUACAUGAGAAGACAAAAGAGACCUUCUUCAGGAACAAUUUUUAAUGAUGCUUUCUGGCUGGAUUUAAAUUAUCUAGAAGUUGCCAAGGUAGCUCAGUCUUGUGCUGCUCACUUUACAGCUUUACUCUAUGCAGAAAUCUAUGCAGAUAAGAAAAGCAUGGAUGAUCAAGAGAAAAGAGGUGUUCUUGUGACAAACAGAAGUCUUGCAUUUGAAGAAGGAAGCCAAAGUACAACUAUUUCUAGCUUGAGUGAAAAAAGUAAAGAAGAAACUGGAAUAAGUUUACAGGAUCUUCUCUUAGAAAUCUACAGAAGUAUAGGAGAGCCAGAUAGUUUGUAUGGCUGUGGUGGAGGGAAGAUGUUACAACCCGUUACUAGACUACGAACAUAUGAACACGAAGCAAUGUGGGGCAAAGCCCUAGUAACAUAUGACCUCGAAACAGCAAUCCCCUCAUCAACCCGCCAGGCAGGAAUCAUUCAGGCCUUGCAGAAUUUGGGACUCUGCCAUAUUCUUUCCGUCUAUUUAAAAGGAUUAGAUUAUGAAAAUAAAGACUGGUGUCCUGAACUAGAGGAACUUCAUUACCAAGCAGCAUGGAGGAAUAUGCAGUGGGACCAUUGCACUUCUGUCAGCAAAGAAACAGAAGGAACCAGUUACCAUGAAUCAUUGUACAAUGCUCUACAAUCUCUAAGAGACAGAGAAUUCUCUACAUUUUAUGAAAGUCUCAAAUAUGCCAGAGUAAAAGAAGUGGAAGAGUUGUGUAAGCGCAGCCUUGAGUCUGUAUAUUCGCUCUACCCCACACUUAGCAGGUUGCAGGCCAUUGGAGAGCUGGAAAGCAUUGGGGAGCUUUUCUCAAGAUCAGUCACACAUAGACAACUCUCUGAAGUAUAUAUUAAGUGGCAGAAACACUCCCAGCUUCUCAAGGACAGUGAUUUUAGUUUUCAGGAGCCUAUCAUGGCUCUACGCACAGUGAUUUUGGAGAUCCUGAUGGAAAAGGAAAUGGACAACUCACAAAGAGAAUGUAUUAAGGACAUUCUCACCAAACACCUUGUAGAACUCUCUAUACUGGCCAGAACUUUCAAGAACACUCAGCUCCCUGAAAGGGCAGUAUUUCAAAUUAAACAGUAUAAUUCAGUUAGCUGUGGAGUCUCUGAGUGGCAGCUGGAAGAAGCACAAGUAUUCUGGGCAAAAAAGGAGCAGAGUCUUGCCCUGAGUAUUCUCAAGCAAAUGAUCAAGAAGUUGGAUGCCAGCUGUGCAGCGAACAAUCCCAGCCUAAAACUUAUAUACACAGAAUGUCUGAGGGUUUGUGGCAACUGGUUAGCAGAAACUUGCUUAGAAAAUCCUGCGGUCAUCAUGCAGACCUAUCUAGAAAAGGCAGUAGAAGUGGCUGGAAAUUAUGAUGCAGAAAGUAAUGAUGAGCUAAGAAAUGGAAAAAUGAAGGCAUUUCUCUCAUUAGCCCGGUUUUCAGAUACUCAAUACCAAAGAAUUGAAAACUACAUGAAAUCAUCAGAAUUUGAAAACAAGCAAGCUCUCCUGAAAAGAGCCAAAGAGGAAGUAGGUCUCCUUAGGGAACAUAAAAUUCAGACAAACAGAUACACAGUAAAGGUUCAGCGAGAGCUGGAGUUGGAUGAAUUAGCCCUGUGUGCACUGAAAGAGGAUCGUAAACGCUUCUUAUGUAAAGCAGUUGAAAAUUACAUCAACUGCUUAUUAAGUGGAGAAGAACACGAUAUGUGGGUAUUCCGACUUUGUUCCCUCUGGCUUGAAAAUUCUGGAGUUUCUGAAGUCAAUGGCAUGAUGAAGGCAAACGGAAUGAAGAUUCCAACAUAUAAAUUUUUGCCUCUUAUGUAUCAAUUGGCUGCUAGAAUGGGGACCAAGAUGAUGGGAGGCCUAGGAUUUCAUGAAGUGCUCAAUAAUCUAAUCUCUAGAAUUUCAAUGGAUCACCCCCAUCAUACUUUGUUUAUUAUACUGGCCUUAGCAAAUGCAAACAGAGAUGAAUUUCUGACUAAACCAGAGGUAGCAAGAAGAAGCAGAAUAACUAAAAAUGUGCCUAAACAAAGCUCUCAGCUUGAUGAGGAUCGAACAGAGGCUGCAAACAGAAUAAUAUGUACUAUCAGAAGUAGGAGACCUCAGAUGGUCAGAAGUGUUGAGGCACUUUGUGAUGCUUAUAUUAUAUUAGCAAACUUGGAUGCCACUCAGUGGAAGACUCAGAGAAAAGGCAUAAAUAUUCCAGCAGACCAGCCAAUUACUAAACUUAAGAAUUUAGAAGAUGUUGUUGUCCCUACUAUGGAAAUUAAGGUGGACCACACAGGAGAAUAUGGAAAUCUGGUGACUAUACAGUCAUUUAAAGCAGAAUUUCGCUUAGCAGGAGGUGUAAAUUUACCAAAAAUAAUCGAUUGUGUAGGUUCCGAUGGCAAGGAGAGGAGACAGCUUGUUAAGGGCCGUGAUGACCUGAGACAAGAUGCUGUCAUGCAACAGGUCUUCCAGAUGUGUAAUACAUUACUGCAGAGAAACACCGAAACUAGGAAGAGGAAAUUAACUAUCUGUACUUAUAAGGUGGUUCCCCUCUCUCAGCGAAGUGGUGUUCUUGAAUGGUGCACAGGAACUGUCCCCAUUGGUGAAUUUCUUGUUAACAAUGAAGAUGGUGCUCAUAAAAGAUACAGGCCAAAUGAUUUCAGUGCCUUUCAGUGCCAAAAGAAAAUGAUGGAGGUACAAAAAAAGUCUUUUGAAGAGAAAUAUGAAGUCUUCAUGGAUGUUUGCCAAAAUUUUCAACCAGUUUUCCGUUACUUCUGCAUGGAAAAAUUCUUGGAUCCAGCUAUUUGGUUUGAGAAGCGAUUGGCUUAUACGCGCAGUGUAGCCACUUCUUCUAUUGUUGGUUACAUACUUGGACUUGGUGAUAGACAUGUACAGAAUAUCUUGAUAAAUGAGCAGUCAGCAGAACUUGUACAUAUAGAUUUAGGUGUUGCUUUUGAACAGGGCAAAAUCCUUCCUACUCCGGAGACAGUUCCUUUUAGACUCACCAGAGAUAUUGUGGAUGGCAUGGGCAUUACUGGUGUUGAAGGUGUCUUCAGAAGAUGCUGUGAGAAAACCAUGGAAGUGAUGAGAAACUCUCAGGAAACUCUGUUAACCAUUGUAGAGGUCCUUCUGUAUGAUCCACUCUUUGACUGGACCAUGAAUCCUUUGAAAGCUUUGUAUUUACAGCAGAGGCCGGAAGAUGAAACUGAGCUUCACCCUACUCUGAAUGCAGAUGACCAAGAAUGCAAACGAAAUCUCAGUGAUAUUGGCCAGAGUUUCAACAAAGUAGCUGAACGUGUCUUAAUGAGACUACAAGAGAAACUGAAAGGAGUGGAAGAAGGCACUGUGCUCAGUGUUGGUGGGCAAGUGAAUUUGCUCAUACAGCAGGCCAUAGACCCCAAAAAUCUCAGCCGACUUUUCCCAGGAUGGAAAGCUUGGGUGUGAUCUUCAGCAUAUGAAUUACCCUUGCAUUCAGCCUUUAGAAAUGAUAUUUUAGCCUUUAUUUUUAACCUGCCAACAUACUUUAAGUAGGGAUUAAUAUUUAAGUGAACUAUUGUGGUUUUUUUUUUGAAUGUUGGUUUUAAUACUUGAUUUAAUCACCACUCAAAAAUGUUUUGAUGGUUUUAAGGAACAUCUCUGCUCUCACUCUUUAGAAAUAAUGAUUAUUCGGGCUGAGCACAGCGGCUCACGCCUGUAAUCCCAGCACUUUGGGAGGCCGAGGCAGGAGGAUCACAAGGUCAGGAGUUCAAGACCAGCCUGGCCAGUAUGGUGAAACCCCGUCUCUACUAAAAAAUACAAAAAUUAGCCGAGCAUGGUGGUGGGCGCCUAUAAUCCCAGCUACUCAAGAGGCUGAGGCAGGAGAAUCUCUUGAACCUGGAUAGGCGGAGGUUGCUGUGAGCCAAAAUCAUGCCAUUGCACUCCAGCCUGGGUGACAAGAGCGAAACUCUGUCUCAAAACAAACAAACAAACAAAAAACAGAAAUGUAUUUGAUUUUUCCUAGUAAGAUCACUAAGUGUUACUAAAUAAGGAAGUUGUUACGGAGAACAAGUCUCAAAGACACAGUUAGUGUAGUUACUAUUUUUUAAGUGUGUAUUAAAACUUCUCAUUCUAUUCUCUUUAUCUUUUAAGCCCUUCUGUACUGUCCAUGUAUGUUAUCUUUCUGUGAUACUGUCAUAGAUUGCCUUCUAGUUCAUGAAUUCUCUUCUCAGCUGUAUAUAAUCUCUUUUACCCUAUCCAUUGAGCUUCUUCUUUCAGAAAUUAUUUUUCAUUUCUAAUUAUGCAUCAUUUUUCAGAUCUGUUUCUUGAUGUCAUUUUUUAAUGUUUUUUAAAUGUUUUUUAUGUCACUAAUUAUUUUAAAUGUCUGCACUUGAUAGUCACUUUAAUAGUUCUAUUAAAUUUAGUUCCUGCUGUUUAUAUCUGUUGAUUUUUGUAUUUGAUAGGCUGUUUAUCCAGUUUUGUCUUUUUGAAAAGUGAGUUUAUUUUCAGCAAGGCUUUAUCUAUGGGAAUCUUGAGUGUCUGUUUAUGUCAUAUUCCCGGGGCUGUUGCUGACACAAGCCCAUUCUUAUUUUAAUUUCUUGGCUUUAGGGUUUCCAUACCUGAAGCAUAGCAUAAAUUACUGACAGGAGAUUUCCCAGGCCAAGGCAGACACACUUCCUCCUCAUCUCCCUUUGCUAGUGGGCAGAAUAUUUGAUUGAUGCCUUUUUCACUGAGAGUAUAAGCUUCCAUGUGUCCCACCUUUAUGGUAGGGGUGGAAGGAGGUACAUUUAAUUCCCACUGCCUGCCUUUGGCAAGCCCUGGGUUCUUUAGUCCCCAUAUAGAUGUCUAAGCUAAAAGCCAUGGGUUAAUGAGACUGGCAAACUGUUCCAGGACAGCUACAGCAUCAGCUCACGUAUUUACCUCUCUGGUUUUUCAUUCCCCUCAUUUUUUUCUGAGACAGAGUCUUGUUUUGUCACCCAGGCUGGAGUGCAGUGGUGUGAUCUCAGCUCACUGCAACCUCUGCCUCCCGGGUUCAAGCAAUUCUCCUGCCUCAGCCUCCCGAGUAGCUGGGACUACAGGCAUGUGCCAACACGCCUGGCUAAUUUUUUGUAUUUUUAGUAGAGACGGAGUUUCACCAUGUUAGCCAGGAUGGUCUCGAUCGCCUGACCUCGUGAUCCACCCGCCUCGGCCUCCCAAAGUGCUGGGAUUACAGGCGUGAGCCACCGUGCCCGGCCUCAUUCCCCUCAUUUUUGACCGUAAGGAUUUCCCUUUUCUUGUAAGUUCUGCUAUGUAUUUAAAAGAAUGUUUUCUACAUUUUAUCCAGCAUUUCUCUGUGUUCUGUUGGAAGGGAAGGGCUUCGGUAUCUAGUCUGAUACAUAGCUAGAAGUGGAACAUUUCUCUGUCCCCCAACUGUCAUCAUAUGAGAUAAAUAUCAGAUAAAAAGCCACCUGAAAGUAAAACUACUGACUCAUGUAUUAGUGAGUAUAAUCUCUUCUCCGUCCUUAGGAAAAUGUUCAUCCCAGCUGUACUCAUUCAUAUUUGAUCUCCUCACCUUCCCCUCCCCUAAAACCAAUCUCCAGAACUUUUUGGACUAUAAAUUUCUUGGUUUGACUUCUGGAGAACUGUUCAGAAUAUUACUUUGCAUUUCAAAUUACAAACUUACCUUGGUGUAUCUUUUCCUUACAAGCUGCCUAAAUGAAUAUUUGGUAUAUAUUGGUAGUUUUAUUACUAUAGUAAGUCAAGGAAAUGCAGUAAACUUAAAAUGUCUUUAAGAAAGCCCUGAAAUCUUCAUGGGUGAAAUUAGAAAUUAUCAACUAGAUAAUAGUAUAGAUAAAUGAAUUUGUAGCUAAUUCUUGCUAGUUGUUGUAUCCAGAGAGCUUUGAAUAACAUCAUUAAUCCACUCUUUAGCUUUGCAUGGUAUGCUAUGAGGCUCCUGUUCUGUUCAAGUAUUCUAAUCAAUGGCUUUGAAAAGUUUAUCAAAUUUACAUACAGAUCACAAACCUAGGAGAAAUAACUAAUUCACGGAUGACAGAAUUAAGAUUAUAAAAUUUUUUUUUUGUAAUUUUAGUAGAGACAGGGUUGCCAUUGCAUUCCAGCCUAGGCGACAGAGCAAGACUCUGUCUCAAAAAAAAAAAAAAGGUUUUGGCAAGCUGGAACUCUUUCUGCAAAUGAUUAAGAUAGAAAACUGCCAAGGACAAAUGAGGAGUAGUUAGAUUUUGAAAAUAUUAAUCAUAGAAUAUUUGUUGUAUGCUAAGUCACUGACCCAUAUUAUGUACAGCAUCUCUGAUCUUUACCUUGCAAGAUUAGUGAUACUAUCCCAAUAUACUGCUGGAGAAAUCAAAAUUGGGAGAAAUAAGUUGUCCAAGGCAAGAAGAUAGUAAAUUAUAAGUACAAGUGUAAUAUGGACAAUAUCUAACUUGAAAAGAUUUCAGGUGAAAAGAAUCUGGGGUUUGCCAGUCAGUUGCUCAAAAGGUCAGUGAAAACCAAAUAGUGAAGCUAUUAGAGAAGCUAAUAAACUAUAGACUGCUUGAACAGUUGUGUCCAGAUUAAGGGAGAUAAUAGCUUUCCCACCCUACUUUGUGCAGGUCAUACCUCCCCAAAGUGUCUACCUAAUCAGUAGGUUCACAAACUCUUGGUCAUUAUAGUAUAUGCCUAAAAUGUAUGCACUUAGGAAUGCUAAAAAUUUAAAUAUGGUCUAAAGCAAAUAAAAGCAAAGAGGAAAAACUUUGGACAUCUUAAAGACUAGACUAGAAUAGUCUUUUAAAAAGAAAGCCAGUAUAUUGCUUUGAAAUAUAGAGAUGUGUCCCAAUUUCAAGUAUUUUAAUUGCACCUUAAUGAAAUUAUCUAUUUUCUAUAGAUUUUAGUACUAUUGAAUGUAUUACUCUACUGUUACCUGAAUUUAUUGUAAAGUGUUUUUGAAUAAAUAAUUCUAAAAGCAUA